UUCUAUUCAAGUGGAAUGAUGACUGGGUAUAGGGCCUGGAAAAAGGAAUGUAGAACAAAACGUUCGAUGGGAGGUGUUUUAUGUAGAGAACCAAAAAAUUCGCUGGAGUGUUCAUUCUCGUUGCCCUUCCUAUGUGGGGAACGUCAGCCAGAUAUUAAGUUCUCAAGGAAAAACAGUAGCGAAUUUAAAUCAAAUCGUCCCAAAUUCAAGCAAAACACGAGGGAAUUCAUUUCAAAAUCCGCGAUCUUGGAAUCAAAACCGUUGUCUGGUAGUAUCACUUUUGGAUUCGUCUCGCGCAUCUGCGCAAGACUCCGAUUUUUCACCACGCUCUCCCCUGUCUCCUCCGCUCCUAAUUCUAAACACAGCGCUGUGAUCUUCGGGUAGAUCUAGUGGGUCCCCGGAGCUGCUGUUGCGGUUCUAGAAGCUUCGCGGAGGAGGAGGAGGCGGCGGCGGUGGCGGUGACGGCGGCGGCGGGAGAGGGAGCGACGACAGUGGGGUUGGUGAGUUGCUGGGUGAGGCGCGAUGGCGUACCGGCCGUACCCGCCGCCUCAAGGGCCCUUCCCGCCGCAGGCCCCUCCUAUCAACCCGUACGGGCAGCCGCCGCAGCAGCAGGCGGGGUACGGCCAGAUGCCACCGCCACCGUUUCACGCGCCGCCGCCGCCGCCGCCCGGACCGCCCCCGCCGCACCAGCCUCAGUACAACUUCGGCCACGCGCGCCCGCAGCAGCAGCAGCAGCCGCCGCCGCCGCCCCAAUUGUAUUACCAGCCCCCACCGCCGCCGUACGGCGGGAACAACAAUCAAGCUCCCCCUCCACCACCACCAAUAUCUGCUCCACCUUCGGCACCGCCACCACCUCCUGCCCAGCCACCCCCACGGGUAGCUCCGCCGCCACCAAAGGAGCAGCAGGCCAAGGCGGCACUUCCAAGAGUGGAGACGGAGGAGGAGCGGCGAGCAAGGAAGAAGCGCGAGUAUGAGAAGCAGAAGGUGGAGGACCGGAAGCAGCAGCAGAUGAUGCGCCAGUCGCAGGCCACCAUUCUGCAGAAGACACAGCAGGUGCGCGCCGCGCAACAGCAGCAGCAGCCACAGCCGCAGAGCCGCCACCUCCAGCCAUCAGGUGGGACUCGGGUGGCGACAACUGUGUCUCGCCCAGUCUCCGCACCAAACACUGAGAGGUUCGAGAAUCGGCUCAAGAAGCCGACAACGUUCCUCUGCAAGCACAAGUUCAGGAAUGAACUGCCAGAUCCAAGUGCUCAAUUGAAAUGGCUGCCUCUGAAUAAGGACAAGGACCGAUAUACCAAAUACAGGAUCUCAUCAUUGGAGAAAAACUAUCUACCUAAAAUGAUUGUCCCCGAGGAUCUCGGGAUACCUCUUGACCUACUUGAUAUGGCUGUAUACAACCCUCCCAAUGUUCAGCUGCCCCUGGCUCCAGAAGAUGAAGAGUUGCUGCGUGAUGAUGAGGUUCUCACCCCUGUUAAACCAGAAGGUAUAAGGAAAAAGGAGAGGCCAACCGACAAAGGCAUGUCUUGGCUGGUCAAAACACAGUACAUUUCUCCACUUAGUACUGAUGCAGCCAAAAUGUCGAUCACUGAAAAGCAAGCAAAAGAAAGGCGAGAAUCAAGGGAGGGUCGUGAUAAUGUCCUUGAAAAUCUUAAUGAUAGACAGAAGCGGAUCAAAGCCAUUGCCGAAUCCUUCAAAGCCGCUAAAUCACGCCCUGUCCACCAGACUAAACGAGGGAUGGAACCAGAGUUUGUUCUCCCUUUGGUACCCGAUUUUGAUAGUUAUAAUGAUCCAUUUGUUAUGGUGAAUUUUGAUGGAGAUCCUACAGCUGAUUCAGAGCAGUACAACAAGCUAGAGAGAUCUGUACGUGAUGAAUGCGAAUCCCAGGCUCUAAUGAAAAGUUUUCAAGUCAGUGGUUCAGACCCUGCAAAACAAGAGAAAUUUCUGGCAUAUAUGGCUCCAGCACCCCACGAGCUUGUCAAGGACUUGGAUGAUGAAAAUGAAGACUUCCAGUACUCCUGGAUUCGGGAAUAUCACUGGGAAGUAAGGGGGGAUGACAAACAAGAUCCAACGACCUACCUUGUCUCAUUUGAUGAUGAUGAUGCAAAAUAUUUGCCUCUUCCUACCAAAUUAGUAUUGCAGAAGAAGAAAGCUAAAGAGGGGAGAUCUGGGGAUGAAAUCGAGCAUUUUCCAGUGCCUUCUAGAAUUACUGUGAGCAGGACAGCACAUGGUGAUGAGAUGGAGCACGGAGAAUCAUCCAGCAUGCCUGGGAAUUUAAAGCGACAAAGAUCUUCUGUUGAUGAUGAUCUUGAUGAGCAUCCGAGGCAUUUUCAUGUAGAAGAUAUGGGGCAGUAUAGUGAAGAAGACUAUUCUGAUUGAUCAAUUAGAUAUGGAAGGAUCGUCAUUUUCUUGCACCGUCGAAUUUCAUGGCCACAUAUGAAUCUGUGAAGAUCUCAUAUGCAUUUGCUUUGGUGCCUCCAUAAGUAGUAAUAGGGUGCAGGGUUGAUGAAAGAACAUGCUUGAGUGCAUUCAGGCAAUAGCAGAUUUUGAAGUGCAGAGUGGGCAAAGCAAGGCAGAGUGUAACUGGACUUUAAGACGGCAAAGCAAGGCAGAGUGUAACUGGAUCUUAAGACUGGUCUCAAAAGUGAUGAUAGAAGGUCUCAUCAUCAUGUAAAACAAAGUCUCUGUAGUCUUGGGAGUGAUUCUCCACUGCUGUUUUGAUGAUAUAGGCAACACUUUUUCCCAUUUGAUUGUGUAAGUACAGCAAUUUAUUUAUGUCAGGAUAUGAGACAGCUGUGCAUCAUAACUGUUUCUUUUCUGGCUGAAAUGAUAAUCAACAGAGCGAAGGUCAUGUAUUUGUGCUAAUGCACUUACUGAAGAUCAAGAGCAGCAUUGCAAGAAGAGUAAACUGUGUUUUCAGUUUUUUUUUUGCAUGUUGUAACUGUAGUGUCUGUACAAAAACUUGUUUUGGGGGUAUUUUUCUGCCUUUUAAUCGAAAACAUUGUUCCUUUU